UUAUUAUUUAUAUCAAAGUCAGCGAUAGGUAACAAAACAAAAAAAACAAUAAUUUCGAUCAAAAAUUCAAGCAUAAUAAACGAAAAAUUCGACAAUAAAUUUUUAGUCAUUCAUAAUAAAAAAGAAACAAAAUGUUGCAUUUACCACUUAUCAGACAAUUUAAGAAUACAUCGCAUGUGUUUCAAAAGUAUUCAGUCUCAGCCGCGGCGAAAACUGCGCAAGAUACUAAUAAAGAUGAUCCGUUACUGAAAUGUCUCGCCAGCAAAAUCGACGAACACCGGAAAAAAGUGAUCGACUUUCGUAAAGACUGCGGACAUGUGAACGUUGGAAAGAUUUCUGUGAAUCAGAUUUACGGCGGUAUGAGAGGAAUGUUAGGCCUUAUCACCGAAACAUCAUUGUUAUCACCUGAAGAAGGCAUACGUUUUCGCAAUAAAACCAUAGAAGAUUGUCAGAAUGAGAUGCCAAAAGCGGAAGGUGGAUGCGAACCGUUACCGGAAGGUAUUUUUUGGCUGUUACUCACUGGAGAUAUACCAACACAAGAAGAAGUGCAAUUUCUCAGUUGUGAAUGGGCAAGACGCUCAAAACUUCCGGAGCAUGUUGACACGAUGCUAGAUUGUUUGCCAAAGAAUGUCCAUCCGAUGUCACAAUUAAGCGCGGCUAUUUGUCUGUGUAAUACAGAAAGCAAGUUUGUAAAAGCUCUCAAUUCGGAUAAAUUUGAUAAAAAAGAAGCGUGGAGACAUGCCUAUGAAGAUACAAUGGAUUUAAUUGGAAAAUUGGUCCCGAUAUGUGCAAAAAUUUAUUUAAACACUUAUAAAGAUUCGAAGUACAAAAAUGAACCGAAUCCGGAUUGUUGUUGGACGCAAAACUUUUGCAAUGCAAUCGAAAUGACAGAUCCACAAUUUGUGGAAUUGAUGAGAUUAUACUUAACGAUACAUUGUGAUCAUGAAGGUGGAAAUGUAUCAGCCCACACAACUCAUUUGGUUGGAUCUGCGUUAUCCGAUCCCUAUUUGUCAUUUUCCGCUGGUCUAAAUGGACUGGCAGGACCUCUGCACGGUUUGGCAAAUCAAGAAGUUUUGGUAUUCAUUGAAGAAUUAAGAAGUAAAAUAGGAGAUACUCCUUCUGAAGAUGAAGUGAAGAAAUUCGUGCAAGAUACUUUGGCCUCCGGAAAAGUAAUUCCUGGUUACGGCCAUGCUGUUUUAAGGAAAACUGAUCCCAGAUAUACAUCACAAAGAGAAUUUGCACUUAAACAUUUACCUGAUGAUCCGAUGUUUAAGAUUGUUGGAACACUGUAUAAGGUUGUUCCUGACAUAUUGAAAGGUCUAGGCAAGGUGGCAAAUCCUUGGCCUAACGUUGAUGCACAUUCAGGUGUAUUACUCCAGCAUUAUGGCAUGACUGAAAGUAGUUACUACACGGUUUUAUUUGGUAUGUCACGAGCAUUGGGUGUCCUAGCCUCCCUGAUCUGGGACAGAGCUCUACUCUUCCCCAUUGAACGCCCAAAAUCUAUCACAACCGAUGCUCUAAUCGAACUUGUGACCAAACUAAGCGAAGGUGAAGAUAAAAAGAAGAAGAAGAAAGACUGCUAACAUUCCUACCUAAAUUUCAUAAUUUUAGUCAUAGAAAUAAAAAUUUUCUUCAA